UUUCUCUCUCUCUCUCUCUCUCUCUCUCCUCACGAUAGGAGCUGCACGAAGUCGUAGGGUUUCUCCAGCGAAACAACAAAUACGUUCAUCACAUUCCUGUAAGUACUCCCCGCUGCAUGAAUUGUUGAUGCCUGCGGAAAGUGAUUCUUUUUCUUCUUGCUUGGAGUUCCUGUGAUUCAGUCCAAGUAAUGACAUCUGCAGAAGAAAGACUUGCACAAUUUCUUGAUCCAUCGAGUGGAUGCAACAGCACAUCUACACACAUUCCCAAGAGAUGCUGAGCUUUAGAAUUCAUCCCAAUUGAAGAUUUUGCCAGUAUAGAAGAUCAUCUCUUGAAUAAAAAAAAUAAAGUAAACAUUAUCUACAAAUGAUAGAUGAGAUUAUUUAUUCAUACUUUGGGUUUUACCAAAAAAAAAUAAAUGAGUUGCAAUUUGAGAUAUAAGAGAAGUUAUUGGUCCUAUAUGCAAUCCACAACCAAGAAAAGGAAAAGAUAAAUGAUUUGAUGCAAAGCAGGUCAUUGUUUUUUUGGCCCAAAGCACAGCUUGGAGUUUGUAGUUUCCCAGCUGUGACUAAAUAACUUGGUCUUUAACAAAGUUGGCUAAAAUAUGGGCCGACAUGGCUCCACUUGACCUCCUCAAUCACUCCUCUCAAUGAUCAAAUCCAUCUUAUAACCUAAUGAUGCAUCUCGACACAAUGGUGGCAUAUAUUGGCUUAGAAUGUACAUUUAGUGAACAGAUAUCUCCAGAGUAAAGAGUAAUAAGCUCUCAAAGCAUGAGAUGAUCUUUCUGAUUUGAGGUCUUACAACAAAGACGCAGUCAACCCUGAGACCUCCCUCUCGUGUGUUUGGAUGCCAGCUUUUGUAGGACAUCCUCAAGAGAUCCAGCCAAAAGGCAACCACCCCAUUCUCCUCUUCCUCCAUUCUCUUUCCUACCACCUCCCUUGAGACAGCGGCCAUUUCUGAGUUGGCCUCGUUUGAGGCCCUUCUUGCCCUUCUUGCCGUUCUGCUCUCCCCUCUCUCCUGUCUUCUCUUCGACUCCAUCUUGAGGCAUUCUUGAUCGGAUUGGAUUCACGUCGGAGAAGGCAGAAUCGCUUCCCCGAUCAUCGACGCUAAGGAUUCAGUUGUGGUAUUAGCUUGCAUGCCUGACUGACAUCGACAUUAGUACUAACAUCCCGAAAAAGAGACAAUGAACGACCUCCUCUCCACCACCUCCUUCAAGCAGUACACCAACCUGAAGCACCAGGUGCAGAUGGACCAGAUGGAGGCGGGCAUGAACGGGCCGGGCGCCGACGUCGGUGCCAACCUCGAGAGGUUCUUUGAGGAGGUGGAGAACGUGAAGAACGACCUCCGCGGCCUCGAGAGCCUCUACCGCCGGCUGCAGGAAGCCAACGAGGAGAGCAAGACGGCCCACAGCGCGAAGACGAUGAAGGCGGUCCGCGCGCGCAUGGACGCCGACAUUGGUCAGGUGCUACGGCAAGCUAAGGCGGUGAAGGCCAAGCUCGAGGCGCUGGACCAAGCCAACGCGCAGCACCGGAACAUCCCCGGAUGCGGCCCGGGGAGCUCGGCGGACCGGACUCGGACGUCGGUGGUUAGCGGGCUGGGCAAGAAGCUCAAGGACCUGAUGGACGACUUCCAGGGGCUGAGGACGAGGAUCGCGGCGGAGUACAAGGAGACGGUCGGGCGGCGGUACUACACGGUGACGGGGACGCACGCGGACGACGACACGAUCGAGACGCUCAUCUCGUCGGGGGCAAGCGAGACGUUCAUGCAGAAGGCGAUCCAGGAGCAGGGGCGGGGACAGGUGAUGGACACGAUAUCGGAGAUCCAGGAGCGGCACGACGCGGUGAAGGAGAUCGAGAGGAGCCUACUGGACCUGCACCAGGUGUUCCUGGACAUGGCCGCGCUGGUGGAGGCUCAGGGCCACCAGCUCAACGACAUCGAGAGCCACGUCGCGCACGCCAGCUCGUUCGUUCGCCGGGGCACGGUGGAGCUGGAGACGGCGAGGGAGUACCAGAAGAGCUCCCGCAAGUGGUUCUGCAUCGGCAUCAUUGCCGCUGCUCUCCUUAUCACCUUCCUGCUGCUUCCCGUUCUGACCACCAUGAUUAGAUAGGAGAGAGAGAGAGAGAGAGAGAGAGAGAGAGAGGAGCGGGAGUCAUGCUUUCUCUAUCUGUAAAGACAAUAACCUUCACAGAUUUCUUUUAUCGU